UUUUUUUUUUAUUAUUAUCUUUUUUUCUUUUUUUUUUUUCUUUUUUUUUUUUUUUAAUUUGUAGAUUCACCAUCAUCUCUUUUAUAUAUCCUCUUGAACAUUUUUUUUAUUCCUCUUGUACUUGGCCCUUGUUAACUCUACAACUUCAACUUGAAUUUCGAACAACUAAACAGUUUAUCUUUCCAACUAAGGUCAUGCCAUCAAUCCUACGUAUCAACAAACGAUAUGUAAUCAUCCUAUGUGCCAUCGCAUUGUUUCUUCUCAUAUCACUUAUACGUAUGCAAAAACCUUAUUCUGCGGCACCACCACUACCUAUUGUCAAUAUUCCUCAGUAUUGGCCGUCCCCUCUGGAAGAAGCGGUAUGUCAACCCAAGAUCUAUGUGUAUGAGGCGCCUAGCACAUUCCAAGUACCACUAUCGAUUCGACAAGGCAAAUGUCAUGAAUCCAACUAUAAUUCAGAAAACAUACUUUACAACCAACUGAUUGACCCUACGUCGACCAUUCAUCAACUUUAUGUGACACAGGAUCCAACUGAAGCAAAUCUCUUCUUCAUCCCUUUCUUUGGUAGCUGUUAUCUUUAUCACUGUUGGUCAGAACAUGGAUGGAACUGGGACGAACGAUGUGAUGUAGACACAAAAUAUGUGAACCCAAUGAUGGAUAUGGUGAUCCAACAGUACCCUUAUUGGAAUCAAUCACAAGGUCGCAACCAUUUAAUGAUUCACCCUAUGGACAAAACAUUUACUUACUAUGCCAACUCACACCAUCGUUUCUCCAAUGCUACUUUCCUUACUACUGUUGGUGACAAACGACCUAUUUGGAUGACUCGACAUAGAUAUUAUCGCGACAUUGUUAUACCAUCGGCCACACGAUUGAUUCACCAUUUACAAGUUGAUAUCACCAAGUAUCUGGAUGACAAUGGUCAUCCACUCAACAAUAAGAAACGCGACAUUUUUGUACUAUUCCAAGGAUGUUGUGCCAAUACACAAGUACAAGAUCUCUAUUCAAAUGGUAUUCGAUCUUUGAUUUUCCAACACUUUCAACAUUAUCGUGGCUACGACAUUGGUGAAGGCGUGGCUGAUUUGGAGUAUGCUGCAAAACUCGCUCGUGCAAAAUACGGUCUAGCACCUAUGGGUUGGACUUUGGAUACAACAAGAAUCUGGGAAUUUAUGGCUUUUGGUGUAGUACCUGUGGUUAUUGCGGAUGGGAUUAUUGAACCGUUUGAAAUGGAUGUGGAUUGGGAUAGCUUCAUUGUCCGUGUACGUCGAGAUGAGGUACAUCGUCUGGAUGAUAUCUUACGUAACAUUGAUGAUACCACUUAUGAAUAUAAACGCAAGAAACUCUGGGAGUAUGGACGUCGUGUUGGCUUGGAAAUGGACGCUUGGCACUUUAUCAUUAGAGAACUAUGUCGAAUGAACGAAUGGAAUCAACCUACCAACCUACAUUUAGGAUAUUAAUUUUGUUGAUGUUUUACUUUUUAGUAUAGCGAUAUCUAACUUUUUUUUUUUUUAGUAGUAUUAAUUUAUUGGGAAUAUAUGUGUACAUAGUUUGAUAUAGAUUUUCCUUUUAUCACUUACAAAUAAAAAAUAAUAAACAAAAUGACAAAGAUGAGUAAUUGAAUGUAUGUGUACCUUUAUUAUUUUGAA